AUGGCUUUCAAUCCUCUAGUUAUUAUUCUCAAAGAAAACAAACUGGUUGGACCUAAUUAUAUUGAUUGGAAAAGGAACUUGAAUAUUGUACUGACUACAAAGAAGUACAAGUGUGUGCUUGUAAAGGUAUGUCCACAGAAACCCAGUGAAGGGGCAACCAAUGAGGAAACCCAAGCUUACCGAAAGUGGAUUAAGGCUGAUAAGAUACUGCGGUGUUACAUUUUGGCAUCUAUGUCGAAUGUUCUGCAACGUCAACAUCAGUCUAUGCCUUCUACCUAUGAUAUAAUGCAGAGCCUAAAAGAAAUGUUUGGGGAUCAAAAUUGUGCUACUAGGCAGGCUGCUAUGAAGGAACUUAUGAAUACUAUUAUGGUAGAAGGGACCCCAGUAAGGGAUCAUGUUCUGAAGAUGAUUGGUCAUCUCAAUGAGUUAGAGAUCCUUAGAGCUGAAAUCGAUGGGGAAACCUAG